UUCUGGUUUAAUUGGUCAGUAUCUUACUUGAUUUCUUCAAAGAUAUUAGCUAGUAUCAUAACUUCUAGCUUUGAUUCGAGGUGGCGUAGCUUGUUUAAAAAUAUACAUCUCUUUUUAUAUCAAAUUUCAUGGCUUGUACAUCUUCUCCAACUCUCAUACUAAAUCGCAACGCGAAUAAACUCCAAUUCCCAUGGCUACUAGAGAAGAAUAAACCAUUGCAAACAAUAAUAAACCUUAACUUACCAUCUUUCCCUCCUAGAGGCAAUGCCAUUUUUGUAAGAUCUUCGUCGUCGAGUGCACCUCCUUCUCUGUCGUCGAAUGUGUUGACCAAUGAUGAGGAUAUAGAAAGAAUAAAGAGGCUUCAGAAUGGUUCGGAUAUUCGAGGGGUGGCAUUGGAGGGUGAGAAAGGUCGAACAGUUGACCUUACGCCGCCUGCUGUGGAGGCUAUUGCGGAGAGUUUUGGAGAGUGGUUGAUAUCAAAGUUAUUAAGAGAUGGUGAGGAGGAGAAAGAAGUUGUGGAUGUUGUUAAGGUGUCACUGGGAAGAGAUCCUCGAGUUACGGGUAAGGUGUUGAGUGUGGCUGUGUUUGCUGGUCUGGCUAGAGCUGGUUGUCUGAGUUUUGACAUGGGUCUCGCUACUACACCAGCUUGUUUUAUGAGCACUGUUUUGCCUGAUUUUUCUUAUCAUGGCUCUAUCAUGAUGACAGCAUCACAUUUACCAUACACUAGAAAUGGUUUAAAAUUUUUCACAAAAAGAGGAGGGCUUACUUCUCUAGAGGUGGAAGAGCUAUGUGACAGAGCUGCCCGCAAGUAUGCUAAUAGGCAAGCCAAGGUUUCCUUGACUUUAAACAAUCCUCCCAAAAAAGUGAAUCUCAUGAGUGCUUAUGCUAGCCAUCUCCGAGACAUUAUCAAGGAGAGAAUCAACCAUCCUACUCAUUACGACACACCCCUCCAAGGCUUUCAGAUCAUUGUAAAUGCUGGAAAUGGUUCAGGAGGAUUUUUCACAUAUGAUGUGCUAGACAAACUUGGAGCAGACACAUUUGGAUCACUACAUCUCAACCCUGAUGGAAUGUUCCCUAACCACAUCCCUAACCCCGAGGACAAAACAGCCAUGGCCUUCACAAGAGCAGCAGUAUUAGAAAACUCGGCUGACAUCGGAAUUGUCUUUGACACUGAUGUUGAUCGUAGUGGUUUAGUUGACAACAAAGGGAACCCCAUCAACGGUGACAAGUUGAUAGCACUAAUGUCUGCUAUUGUGCUUAAGGAGCAUCCUGAAACAACCAUUGUGACUGAUGCUCGGACUAGCAUUGGGUUAUCUAGGCUCAUCACUAAUCGAGGAGGAAAGCAUUGUUUAUAUAGAGUCGGGUAUAGGAAUGUUAUUGAUAAGGGUGUUCAGUUGAAUAAAGACGGCAUUGAGACUCAUCUUAUGAUGGAGACUUCCGGGCAUGGUGCUCUUAAGGAGAACUACUUUCUCGACGAUGGUGCUUAUAUGGUUGUAAAGAUCAUUAUUGAGUUGGUUCGUAUGAGGCUUUCGGGAUCAAGUGAAGGAAUAGGAAGCCUCAUCGAAGACCUUGAAGAUCCUGUAGAUUCUGUGGAGCUAAGGAUGGAUGUUCUUUCAGAGCCAAGAUAUGCCAAGGCAAAGGCAGUUGAAAUCAUUGAAACUUUUCGGAAAUAUGUGGAGGAUGAUAAAAUAGUGGGUUGGGUGCUUGAUUCGUGUGGAGAUUGUUGGGUCGGCGAAGGUUGCCUUGUAGACUUAAACGAAAAUCCAACAGCUAUUGAUGCUCAUAUGUACAGGGUGAAGGUAUUGGAUAAAGAGGAAAAUGAACAGGGUUGGGUGCACUUGAGGCAGAGUGUUCAUAAUCCAAACAUUGCAGUGAACAUGCAAUCGUCUAUUCCUGGAGGUUGUCGAUCCAUGACUAAGAUCUUUAUGGAUAAGUUUCUUGUUGACAGCGGAUUAGAUAAAAUUGUUGAUUUAUCUCAGAUUGAGUCUUAUAUAAGGAGAUAAAACCUUAUGCAAAAGAAACAAUAGUUAGAAAUCUAGAACAUAGAUGAGAUUAAAUGAAUAUGGUGAAUUGGUGUAUAUAGCAUUCACCCACCCUAUGUCAUUGCAUUUGUACUUAUGAACCUAAUUUAUUAGGAUGUAGUAUUGCCAUAGGGAAUAACGUAAAUGUUAUGAUUUUUUUUAAAGUAAGGAGAAGGACACUAAUUGUACCUCAAUUCUCACUAUUUUUUUAGCCCGGUAUUUGCGGGUCAGAAACAUUGAGAGUGAGGGGGGAGGGUAAGAGAUUCCCACCCUCAAAGUGUCCCUAGUGGGGAUUAACUCCAA